UCACCAAGGAUGAAGUCGCCCACACGGUCACCGAGAGCCGGGUCCUGCAGAACACCAGGCACCCGUUCCUCACCGCGCUGAAGUACGCCUUCCAGACACACGACCGCCUGUGCUUCGUGAUGGAGUACGCCAACGGCGGCGAGCUGUUCUUCCACUUGUCCCGGGAGCGUGUCUUCACAGAGGAGCGGGCCCGCUUUUAUGGCGCAGAGAUCGUCUCAGCCCUGGAGUACCUGCACUCGCGGGACGUGGUGUACCGCGACAUCAAGCUGGAAAACCUCAUGCUGGACAAGGACGGCCACAUCAAGAUCACCGACUUCGGCCUGUGCAAGGAGGGCAUCAGUGACGGGGCCACCAUGAAAACCUUCUGUGGGACCCCUGAGUACCUGGCGCCCGAGGUGCUGGAGGACAACGACUAUGGCCGGGCGGUGGACUGGUGGGGGCUGGGCGUAGUCAUGUACGAGAUGAUGUGCGGCCGCCUGCCCUUCUACAACCAGGAUCACGAGCGCCUCUUCGAGCUCAUCCUCAUGGAGGAGAUCCGCUUCCCGCGCACGCUCAGCCCUGAGGCCAAGUCCCUGCUUGCUGGGCUGCUUAAGAAGGACCCUAAGCAAAGGCUCGGCGGAGGGCCCAGCGAUGCCAAGGAGGUCAUGGAGCACAGGUUCUUCCUUAGUAUCAACUGGCAGGACGUGGUCCAAAAGAAGCUCCUGCCACCCUUCAAGCCUCAGGUCACGUCUGAGGUCGACACAAGGUACUUUGACGACGAGUUCACCGCCCAGUCCAUCACAGUCACGCCCCCGGACCGCUAUGACAGCCUGGGCUCACUGGAGCUGGACCAGCGGACGCACUUCCCCCAGUUCUCCUAUUCGGCCAGCAUUCGAGAGUGA